UUCACUUUUCCCCUCUCAAAAACUCAACCAAAUAAGAAGAAAGCUUAAGAAAGAAGAAGAAGAAGAAGAAAUGGCAGAGGAGUGCACCGAAAGCUCUGUUGCGACCUCAAAUUCAACACCACAAAACUGGUGGGAUAUUAACCAUAAUCAACAUCAUCACCAUCCUUCGCUUUCUUAUAAUUCACAUUGGCUUCUCCAAAACCCUAAUUCUAAUUCCUCUUGUGAAGACGAUUCUUCCUUUACCAACGCUUCCAAUCACUCUUCACUCACCUCUAAUCACCUUCUUCAUCAUCCUUCUGAUCAUAAUCACCACUGGACCCAAGUUUUGUUGAACAUAGGAAACGAUGUGGAAUUACAAAGCAACGAAGAAGAUAUAGAAGCGAAUUUUCUUGAGACAAUAUCCUCAAGAAGCAUGUCCACCGCCGGAAUCUUCGAACCCACCGCAUGUAGCGAUUACCUUAAAAAAAUGGACACAACAAACAACAACAAUUGGGAUGACACUUUUCAAACCUUCACCAAUAACAACAACAAUAACAAUAACGGACUUCUUACAACGUCCCACACUCACAUGCUCCAAAAUGAGAGGUUUUUGAAGCUUUCAAAUCUUGUAAACACGUGGUCCAUUGCUCUUCCGAGACAAGAUGCACAACUACGACACUUGAUGGAAGACCAACACGACCAUCUCCGAGCUACAACUGUACCAACCCAUGAGGUGCUCGAGCCAGAUGGGACCGUGCCCGACCCUGGACUCGACCCAUUUGAUUCGAGCAUACCUAGAAGGUCGAUUCAUAAUCAAAAUUAUGGGGAUUAUAUUUCAUUUAAUGGACGACUGGCUAAAUCGGUGGUUGGUAUCAAUGGUUGGAGUAAUAAUCCUUGUUUCAAGUCGUCAUUGAAUUUGUCUGCUGAUAGUAAGAAGCAGAUUCACCAAAUUUCUUCGCCGACAAGAAUUAGUGGACGAGGAAGUGGAGUUUUGAGCGAAGGGAAGAAGAAAAGGUCCGAAGAAUCUUCUGAAACUUCCACCAAAAAGGCUAAGCAAGAUAAUUCAACUCCAGCAUCUAAUAAGAUACAACAACCAAAGGUCAAAAUUGGAGACAGGAUAACGGCCCUUCAGCAAAUUGUGUCGCCAUUUGGAAAGACUGAUACGGCGUCGGUUCUAACUGAAACCAUUGGAUACAUAAAGUUUCUACAAGAGCAAGUCCAGCUACUGAGCAAUCCAUACAUGAAGACGAAUUCUUAUAAGGAUCCAUGGCAAAGCUUGGAGAGAAAAGAAGGUAAAGGGGAAGGAAAAUUUGACCUAAGGAGCAGAGGGCUUUGUUUAGUUCCAAUUUCAUGUACUCCCCAAGUCUAUAGAGAGAACACAGGAUCUGACUAUUGGACACCUUACAGAGGUUGUUUCUAUAGAUAGAUAUUAUAUUUGAAAUAUCAACUUAUUUCAUAGGAAGAAAUAUUUAUUUAUAAAUGAAACUUAACACUACUUCUAUUGCUCUCACCUUUCUUCUGUAUUUCUAAAUUUCAAUAAGUUGAAAUAUACAACCAAGUUUAGAGCAUCAAUGUUCAAGCAUUAUUUUUCAGCCUAUUCAUGUGCUAUAUAUU